GUUGCCAUAGUCUCAUCCCUUACCAUAAUAACGAAGGAGUUAUCAUGCACCCAGCUAAUCUGAAGGUCCUUAAACUCUUUCCAGGCGCUCUUUAAUAUGUUUCUUACUCCCUAUUUAUUAAGUUGCUGAUCCACCAACAUUGUGGCAAUGAGCUUAACUUUUUGUUCCAUGUUCGAGAGCUUCAUUCCCCCCUCAGCCGAACUACUAGAUCAUCUACUUCUGUCGCCAUCUCUUCUUUUAAUUUCUUUUUCUUUCCACGUUUCCUAUGCAGACCAACUACCUGCCUUUUACCACUAUCCAACAGAUUGGAGUUGCUAUAUUCCUAACUUUUGCAGCAGUAGACAAUGUAAAGAUUCUGAUUGUUUCUCAGGUUGGUAGGGACAGAGUAAAUGCUCACCCUUUUUGAAUCCACAAUUACAACCCCAAAAUCGAAAUAAGACAUAAUCGCCCACUAGAUCUGGAACCUAACCCAGUCUUCUACCCAUUGACCUGAUUUAGGUUGUUGGAAGCUCAUAAAUAUUGUCAUAACCACCAUAGUUGCCAGAGGGACCACACUUUGAGAGUUAAUCAAGCCUCAUCAGCCCAAAGAUGGAAGUCUCAUCUAUUAAGCCGUUAGUAUCCAGGCCUCCGAGGUAGAAAUGACUUCUUGACAUCAGGGUGAGACAGGCCCCCUAGACCCCAGUAAUAACUCUUUGGCUAUUGGCAGAUGACUAAGUAAGGAAAUUACCUCAAAUGAACCACGACUUAGUGAGAUCUGAAUGCCCAGGCAGGAAAUUAGGGCAAAUUAAUAGGGGAAUACGAUACAAUACUCAGGGACAGAGGGUUAAUGGUGCCCAGAUCGGUUGGAAAAAUAACGAUAGCAAAGUUAAUAGGAGAAUCUCACAGGGCAGGGAAUGACUCACACGGGGUAGAGGAAGACUCUCAAGGAGAAGAAAAGGCUUUCACGAAGAAGAAAAGAACUAGCAUAGUCAUCCAGCGUAAGACUCCGCUUAUUGCCCCAAAACAAGGUGAUGGUGGCACCGCUGCUCCAUCUGAUAUAGCUCUGCACAAAGUUGGUGAGUCCAUGACUGGACUUCUAAGCUUGUGGACAACGGCAGUGGUAGAUCUCCAUCAGAAUACUGUCGUCCUCGAAACACAGCAAGAUGGGCAUAACACGCAAUUGAUUUGACAGUAGUACUUCGUCCAAUCAUCGACGAGUUAUGUUUAAUAUGCAGCAUUGUCUUCAAAAUUUCCUUUUGCUAGGGGUGAAGGCUUGCCUCCCCCAAACCAUUGUAUCUAUUUAGUCCCUUUCCGGGAAUUUGAUAAUGAACUUGUGCUUGUAUGA